CCUUGCGUAGGUCUGCUCCUCACGCAUCUCAUUCUCCGCAGAAGCUUUUUCUGUGGUAGCCGGUUAGCACGAUGGCGAACGUUGCGGAUACUAGGCUAUACGACAUUCUUGGAGUUUCACCUUCUGCCUCUGAAAAUGAACUAAAAAAGGCCUAUCGCAAACUGGCCAAAGAGUACCAUCCUGACAAAAACCCUGAUGCUGGAGACAAGUUUAAAGAAAUUAGUUUUGCCUAUGAGGUACUGACAAACCCAGAAAAGAAGGAACUUUAUGAUCGCUAUGGAGAACAAGGGCUGCGAGAAGGAGGAGGUGGAGGACCUGGCAUGGACGAUAUCUUUUCUCACAUUUUUGGAGGAGGACUCUUCGGCUUCAUGGGUGGACAAGGCAGAGGACGAAAUGGAGGCAAGAGAAGAGGAGAUGAUAUGGUACAUCCUCUGAAAGUUUCUCUUGAAGACCUGUACAAUGGAAAAACCACAAAACUGCAGCUUAGUAAGAAUGUGCUGUGUGGGGCCUGCAAUGGGCAGGGGGGUAAGGCAGGAGCAGUGCAGAAGUGUGUGGCAUGCAGAGGAAGAGGUAUGAGAAUCAUGAUUAGACAGCUGGCCCCAGGGAUGGUUCAACAGAUGCAGUCAGUCUGCACAGACUGCAAUGGAGAGGGUGAGGUGAUAAAUGAGAAGGACCGUUGCAGAAAGUGUGAGGGUCAGAAAGUGUGCAAGGAGACCAAACUUCUGGAGGUUCAUGUGGACAAAGGCAUGAGACAUGGACAGAAGAUCACAUUCUCUGGUGAAGCUGACCAAGCUCCAGGUGUUGAACCAGGAGAUAUAGUUCUAGUGCUGCAAGAGAAGGAACAUGAGGAAUUUCGGCGUGAUGGCAGCGACCUUCACAUGGUCCAACGCAUUGGCCUGGUUGAAGCGCUCUGUGGCUUCCAGAUGACUGUCACGCACCUGGAUGGACGUCAGCUGCUUGUCAAAUACCCACCUGGCAAAGUCAUUGAGCCAGGUUGUAUUCGUGUGGUGAAAGGAGAAGGAAUGCCUCAGUACAGAAAUCCUUUUGAGAAAGGAGAUCUAUACAUCAAGUUUGAUGUUCAGUUCCCUGAAAACAACUGGAUCAGCCCUGAAAAACUGAAUGACCUGGAGUGCUUGCUGCCGGCUCGUGCUGACAAUCCUGUGAUUGCUCCAGAUGCUGAGGAAGUUGAUCUGACAGAUUUUGACAAGAGCCAAGGUUUUGGGGGUGGAGCCAGGAGAGAGGCCUAUAAUGAUAGUUCUGAUGAGGAAGGGGGCCAUCAUGGCCCAGGGGUGCAGUGUGCACACCAAUAGAAAGACUUAUACAUAGACUGGUACACCUUAAAAUAUAAAUAGACAAACAUCUCAAGUUCCAUUACUAACACUUUUCAAAAUGUGCCGCACCUACACGCACAUUUCUCUCUUUUCAUGAGUCCAGUGAAAAGGAUAUACACAAAUAUGAUCCCUCCUCAGUUCCAUGGUGCCCAUAAGUCAGAGAGAUCCUGGAUGUGUGAUGACUGUUUUGUGUUUAUGGACAUUUGUGCCCAUCAAUGUCUCCAGCAAGGAAGUAGUCUCACUAUCAGAUGUUCACUGGCAGAAUCCAACUUGGACCUCCCUGAUUUCAUCAUAAGCUUUUAUCUUUUACUGUGGGAAACACCAGUCUAGUGUACAAAAUGCAAAUAUUGUCAACAAUCUUGUAAAAGGUGUAGUUUAGUCAGUCACAUACAAGCGCAUGUUGCUUCUUGCUGAAGAUCUUGACCAUGUAGAUCCAGGGUCCAGACACUACAGAAAAAUCUGUGACCACACCCAUUUAAAUUUAUGAUAUGUUACUGCUGUCAGAGUACUCUGCUGCCACACAAGUUCACCUAAUUACAUCUCUGCAUAGCCUGCUGAGAAUUGAACAUUUAACCCAGCACCACCUCUAAGGAUGACCUGUCUGAUAUUGCAAAUGUGAUUUGCUGGUUCUGUUUGGUUUCUAGCUGUUACACCCAUAGGAUGUUACAUCCCAGAGUAUAGCAUUUGUCCACUAAGGCACUAUGGCUUUGUUUUUUUUUUUUUUUGUUUUGUUUUUUUUGUUUUUGUUUUUUUUUUUUGUCUGGAAUUUAAUCAUCUUUAUCCUUGUUGGUGUGAAUGUUAGUGUGUUUGAAACCCCAAACCCUGAAGCUAUGUACUCUUGAUUGGAGUUGAGGACAUACUGAUGUGUUGUAUGUGUGCAGUGCAGUGGCUCAGUGUGUGUGAGAGCUGCUGUAGAAUGUUCUAGCUUUUUAGUGUGGUAGGUAUUCCUGUUUUAUGUUUAACUGCAGUGAGAGUGGACACCAAAUAUAGUCAGUUAAGGAAGAAAAAAAUUGAAUGUUUAUUUGCUGAGAAUCUCAGAUGUAGACAGUUUCCCUCUACUUCAAGGACUUAGAGGUCCUCCUAUGUUGCAGGAAAAUGCGGGGUCUGCGCCUAAAUCUUUGUUUUAUACAUAUCUCCCUAUUGUAGAGUUGUUAGCCAAAAUUAUGUUUAUUCACUUGUGACAAUUAUUCCCCAUCUCCAUUUGCCUGCAGAUAAAGUUGUAAUCUAUAGGUGCAUUCAAAGUCUACAGCAGACUAUUCACAACCCUUUGUUACACAUGCAAGCUAUGGCCGACAUAUGUUCACAUGAAGGAAGAUUAGUGAAACCACUGUAGACUGUUUACAUACACAUUUGUGACACAUUGUGUAUGUAAUUUCAGCCACGGGUUAAAUUCCACACAAGGGGGGGUCAUGGGUAAAUUACGUUAUUGUUGAUGCUAUUGGUUGUCAAAUGGAUAAAAUGUAUAAUAAACUAUGAGUUUGUUGACACCUGUGUUGUUUCACUGUGGUAACCUGCAUUUAAUAUGAUCAAGAAUGUGUAGUUUAUUCAUUUAUCUCAAAGAAGGAAACAUUACAGAAACAGCAUGAUGAUUGAAAAGUGGUUUAGGAGAGUACAGUAUUAGAAAACCUACAUACCUCAACUAUUAGAAAAAGUUGUAUGUAGUGAUAAACAUGUUGGCUGGUAUUAACAGUUUUGUUGUAAUGACUACAAUGCCAUAUAAAAGCUAAAUGAACAUC